CCCCACACCCUCCACACCCCUCUUCCUCUGGAGGAACCUCGUUUCUUCGUCUUGGGCCCUUUCUGAGAGCUGUAGUUGCUGCUUUUUCUCUGUGGGCUGGAGUGCAGAUAUCCAUACUUACACGCCCCCUGUUCUCAUUCCCUUGUCCUGUUGGCUUUAGAUGAUGUCUGUUACAGAUCAAGCAUUUGUGACACUCGCUACCAAUGAUGUUUACUGCCAAGGAGCUCUUGUUCUUGGACAAUCCUUGAAAAAUCACAGGAUAACAAGAAAACUGGUGAUACUAAUUACAUCUCAAGUCUCUAGUCUAUUGAGGGAUGUUCUCUACAAAGUUUUUGAUGAAGUAAUUGAAGUGAAUUUGGAAGAUAGUGCUGAUUAUGUCCACUUGGCUUUGCUGAAGAGACCAGAACUUGGUGUAACCUUCACUAAACUUCACUGUUGGACUCUUACUCAUUAUAGCAAAUGUGUCUUUAUGGAUGCUGAUACAUUGGUGCUGUGUAAUAUUGAUGAGCUAUUUGAUCGUGAAGAGCUCUCUGCAGCCCCAGACUCUGGAUGGCCAGAUUGUUUCAACAGUGGAGUAUUUGUUUUCCGACCAUCUUUAGAAACCCAUAGCCUUCUGAUGCAGCAUGCAGUGAAAUGUGGAAGUUUUGAUGGGGCUGAUCAAGGAUUAUUGAAUAGUUUCUUCAGUAACUGGGCAACUUCAGAUAUUCGCAAACAUUUGCCAUUUCUCUAUAACUUGAGCAGUAGCACCAUCUAUACAUAUAGACCUGCUUUCAAUAAAUUUGGCUCGGAUGCAAAAGUGGUCCAUUUUUUGGGGCCAGCAAAGCCUUGGCAUUACAAAUAUAACCGUCAGACUGGCUCAGUGAUUUCGGAGAGCUUAACUUCAGAAUCUCAGCAUCAUGUCUCAUUUCUUGAUCUGUGGUGGAAAAUAUACGAUGAGAGCAUUGUGCCUUUUUUCGAUAAACUCCAGCAUGUAGCAGAGCUUGAAUCUCAAGAACAAACAAGUACUCUUUGUGGUGCUGGUGAAUCGUGGGAAAGUUCAAAUUCAAGCCAAAAUGAUAGCCAGUAUUUCCCUGUUCAGAAGUUUCCAGAACAAACACUGGAAAUAACUCAUCCUAUCCUGACAACAGAAGAGGUGACCAAAAAAGAUCAGCCAGUCCAUAAAGAUGAACACAAUUCUCCUGAGAGUGUCCUGGAAUCAAAUAAUGAACCACUUGUAGAGUUCACCAGUGACCCUGUUCCUCUACACAAUUUGGAGCAGCCAGUCCAUAAAGAGGAACCCAAUUCUCCUGAGUGUUUCCUGGAGCCAAACAAUGAACCAUCUGCACAGUUUACCAGUGACUCUGUUCCUCUACACAAUUUGGAGGUGGAUUUAGCCUUUUCUGUAGCAGAGCUUUCCAUUCAACAGAAAGUCAAGGAACCCAGUGCAGAAGACGAAAGGAGGAAAUGGGAAGAAGGGCGUGUGGACUACAUGGGAAAAGAUGCCUUUGCACGUAUCCAGGAAAAAUUGGAUAGAUUUUUACAGUAGUCUUGUCAGUUGUGUCUGUAUUCUAGUGGAAAUGUCAUUGUCAUUAUGUUCAUGCUUCUGUGAAAUGACAAAAAGUCUCUUCUGGCCCUUAGUAAUGGGGAAGGCCUUUUAAAUGAUGUGCCUCUAUUUAUUUUCAGCCAACUUGAGUGCCUAAAAACAAGUAGUGCAGAAAAUUCAAGUCUAGCUUGAAAUGCCUAGGUGACCCAAGAUAAAUAACUUCUAGUUUUCACUAUUAGAUCUGUACCUCACUUAAUCUUGCCAGCAAAAUGAUUGAGAAUAAAUAUAGACUUUUUGGUAACAGUAUGUAUUAUAACAGGAAGGAUACCUAAAAUAUAGACCUAUUCAGGGGCAAAAAUAUAGAUGCUUAGUAUAGUUGAAAAUCAUACAUCAAGUCUUGCUGUUCACAUUUCUGUAAUAAUGGUAGGAGAUGCAGUUGAUGAUAUAUG